GGGCGGGGCCUGGGGAUGGCAGGGCCCUUAUUGGAGCGGGCUAGGCAGUGGGCCGGGCCUCCAUUCCUCUGUGGGCGGGGCGGGGCGCUGAUUGGAGGCCUGCGGGGCGGUGGGCGUGGCGUGCCUGGCGCCUGUCGGCGGCGCUCUCAUUCUGGGCGCGCGGGGAUGGCGGGCGGGCGCCUGUGCGUGGGGCUCUGCGGCGUCCUGGUGGCCUUUGCGGGCGGGGCGGCGGCGUGGUCGGGCCCGGGCUCCUCGUCCUCGGCGUCGGCGUGCGAGGCGGUCCGGAUCCCGAUGUGCGUGGGCAUCGGCUACAACGCGACGCGGAUGCCGAACCUGGUGGGCCACGCGGGGCAGGCGGAGGCGGGCCUGGCGCUGGAGGCCUUCGCGCCGCUGGUCUCGUACGGCUGCCACGCGCGGCUCCGCCUCCUGCUCUGCUCGCUCUUCGCGCCCAUGUGCACCGAGCAGGUCCCGCGCGCCAUCCCGGCCUGCCGGCCCAUGUGCGAGGCCGCCCGGCGCAGCUGCGCCCCGGUGCUCGCCCUCUUCCGCUUCGCCUGGCCGCCCGCCCUCGACUGCGCCCGCCUCCCCGACCCCCGCCACCCCCGCGCCCUCUGCAUCGAGGAGCCCCACGAGGAGGAGGACGGGGAGGACCGGGACCCGGAGCAAGGCGCUGCCCGGGAGGAGGAGGAGGAGGCCGGUGUCCGUGCCCGGCAGGAGGGCCUGGGGGUGGGCAUGCUGCCUGUGCCGGCGCCCCCGGUGCCCCCGGUGCCCGCGCCGCCCCCCUGCCCCUCGUCGCGCCUGGUGUUUGUGCCGCGGCUGGGCUCCUGCGUGGCGCGCUGCUCGGCCUCGGUGGACGUGCUGUGGUCCCGGGGGGACAAGGCGCUGGCGGCGGCCUGGACGUGUGGCUGGGCGGCGCUGAGCUUUGCCUCCACGGCCUUUGCGCUGCUGACCUUCCUGCUGGAGCCGCGGCGCUUCCGCUACCCGGAGCGGCCCAUCGCCUUCCUCUGCGUCUGCUACAACGCCCACGCGGCCGGGUUCCUCCUGCGCGGCCUGGCCGGGGCCGAGCGCCUCUCGUGCGCGGAGUCCGGGGGGGCCGGCGGCGGCCCGUUCCUGCUCCCGGCGGGGGAGGCGCAGAGGCACGGUCCCUGCGUGGCGGCCUUCCUGCUGACCUUCUUCCCCGGCAUGGCCUCCUCCGCCUGGUGGGCGGUGCUGGCCGUGGCCUGGUUCCUGGCCGCGGGCAAGAAGUGGGGCCACGAGGCCAUCGGGGGGCUGAGCCGCUACUUCCACCUGGCCGCCUGGGGCCUGCCCGCCCUGCAGUCGGCGGCCGCCCUGGCCCUGGGCGCGGUCUCGGGGGACGAGCUGACCGGCCUGUGCGCGGUGCCCGCCUGGGGUCCCGGGGCGCUCCCGGCGGCGCUGGUGCUGCUCCCGCUGGCCGGCUGCCUCCUGGCCGGGACCUCCUUCCUGCUGGCGGGCUUCGCGGCGCUCUUCCGCAUCCGGCGGGCGCUCAAGACGGGCGGCUCCGACACCCAGAAGCUGGAGCGGCUGAUGCUGCGCCUGGGGGCCUUCUCGCUGCUCCACGCCCUGCCCGCCUCCGCCGCCCUCGGCUGCCUGCUCUACGAGAGCGCCCACGGGCAGCGCUGGCGGGACCUGCAACGCGCCCCCCGCCCCUGCGGCCCCGCCUGCCUCCUGCCCGCCUCCGCCCCCGCCGCCCCGCUCUUCCUCCUCAAGACCGCCAUGUCCUUCGCCGCCGGCAUCUCCUCCGGCGCCUGGGUCUGGAGCCCCAAGACCCUCCAGGCCUGGCAGGGGCUCUGCCGCGCCCGGGGGCCCCGCCGCGCCCCCCCACACAAGCAGGCGCCCCCGCCACCGCAACAACACCCCUGACGGCAGCCCCAACGCCCGGCCGCCUCCUGACUGGGGGAAAUCCUUUCUCGGGAGGGGUUAGCUGGCCCUGAUUGUACCCUGUAUGACAUCCAGGGCGGGAAAAGGAAAACUCUUUUGUCUGUUGGAGGAAGGUGUGGAUGUUGCCGUUGGCCACCUUCAUUGGCAUCGAAGGACCUUGCAGGCUCAACGCCUGGCUGCUUCCUGACUGGGGGAAAUCCUUUCUCGGCAGGUGUUAGCUGGCCCUGAUUGUACCCUGUAUGACAUCCAGGGCGGGAAAAGGAAAGAACUCUUUUGUCUGUUGGAGGAAGGUGUGGAUGUUGCCGUUGGCCACCUUCAUUGGCAUCGAAGGACCUGGCCACUUCCU